AGUUGCCUCCCAGCUUUGCUAGUCAGCAUAUGUAAAAAGAUGAGACAGACUCUGAUGAGGUCAAAUUCAGCGAUCUGGUUACAAAUUGACUUUUCUUGUUUGUUAGAUUAACCUUUAUUAUUCAUUUUUAUUUUACAAAUUAAAGAUCUUAAACUUGUGAAAUAGUUUUUUUUCAAUUGAUCAGACAAACGGUGGUGGAGAAUACAUCUGUUCUCACUGAAGGCAAAGCAUGAGACUCUCAGCAGCUGUCCUGUGUGCAACGGCCAUGUUGCUAGGAGGGCAGAGGUGUGCUUUGCUCCCUGGAAGCAUGGUAGACCGUUCAUCCAAGAACCUAUCCUCUGUCCCAGGAGACCUGCCGCCGAGCGCCGUGUCCGUAGACCUUUCCAGAAACCACAUACAUCAGAUUCACAAAGGAGACUUUCAAAGUGUCCCCAUGCUGAGGUUCCUGAAUGUGUCAUGGAAUGGUUUGGAGCACAUCGACGCAGAAACUUUUCUUGACACUCCACACCUGGAAUAUCUGGAUCUGUCACACAACAUUCUGAUGAACCUCUCAGGCCAACGGUACCUGGUGAACGCGGGAAACCUCGUGGAGCUAAACUUGGCCUGGAACAUGUUUCUUAACAUGACACUUGGGGAGGAGUUCAGCUUGUUGGUAAAACUGAAGGGACUGACCAUUGGAGCCAGGAACAUUGGUGUGGGAGACUUCAAAAACAUUGCAAGGCUAAAACUGCAGAGUUUGACCCUUUUCCUGGAGGAGGAGCUUGGAUACGAAGUUGGCAGUCUGAUAAAUGUCAAUGCUAAAAGACUGAGCAUAGUUUUUGUUGAUCAAACAGUUAACAGUGGCCUGAUCUCUGAUGCUCUGUCGGUUUUUGAUGAAGUGGAGAUGAGAAACUUGACAGAGGGCUUUGAUGAUUUAACCACGCAGCUUAGAAAGAAACCAGAAUGUCGUACUUCCAAUCUGACUGUCAGUGACAUGGCAAUCGACUGGAGGAACUUAACAGAGUUUCUGAAUGUGGCUCUGCAAACUUCUAUUAUCCACAUAAGCUUAACAGAUGCAACUAUAAACAAGCCUCCUUAUUUUGACACCAAAGUGGCUCAGACAGCAAGAACUAAGACCUUUACAUUAAGACGGGCAGUUGUCAGCUCCUUCUUCUUUUCUCAGGAGGCCAUGUACAACUUUUUUAUCAACCUCCCAGUGCAAUUUCUAGCUGUCCUGGAGACUUCAAUCAUACACAUGACAUGUCCGGAGAAGCCGAGUCCAGUUGUUGAGAUUGACUUCUCCUCCUGCGCUCUGUCCGAUUCCCUCUUCUCCAGAAUCAAAGGUCAAGAAACCAUUGAAUGUGAAACUCUUACUAACUUGACAAAACUGUCGUUAGCAGACAAUAAUCUGAAAAAUAUUCAACUGCUGAGUGAGCGCGUGCAGCACAUGAUCUCUCUGCAGCACCUGGACCUCAGCCUCAACUCUCUGGUUUACGACGGCAAGCUGUGCCGGUGGCCGCCCAGCCUUACCGUCAUGAACCUGUCCUCUGGAGGCCUGACAGAGCAAGUGUUUGAAUGUCUGCCAAGAGGACUGGAACGGCUCGACCUCCAGAACAACCAGAUCUCUGUGGUACCAACAUCCAUCUACAAACUGACAAAACUCUCUUCUCUCAAUCUAAACUCGAACAGGCUGCGGGACCUGCCGGUGUGCAACACCUUCCCUAUGCUGAAUGAACUCCUGCUCAAGUCAAACUCUCUUCACGCCCCUUCUGUGAACAACCUGGAAAACUGUUCAAUUCUGAAGACGUUGGAUGUCAGCCACAACCCUUUUACCUGCACCUGCUCUCUGAGGGAUUUCAUUAAACUUGGUAUCAGUACUGAAAAGGCAACAAGUCCUAUUGAGUUGUUGAACUGGCCUCAAGACUAUUAUUGCACCUACCCUGAGGAACUUAGAAAUUCUCCUUUAAAAGACUUCUGGUUGUCAGAGGUUUCCUGUAAUGUCCAUCUUCUUGCAGCCACCAUUUUGGUCCCUGCAGGGGCGCUAAUUAUUAGCAUUGUGCUUCUGUGCCACCAUCUAGACAUUCCCUGGUACAUGAGCAUGAUCUGGCAGUGGUUGAGGGCCAAACAUCGAGCUAGAACACGACAAGUUCGGCCUGAAGAUCUCUUGGGUGUUGAGUUCCACGCUUUUGUGUCUUACAGCCAGCACGAUGUGGACUGGGUAAAGAAUUUCCUUCUUCAUAACCUUGAAGGUUCCGCCGGAGGGCUCAAGAUUUGCCAUCACGAAAAAAAUUUUGUGCCCGGGAAGACGAUCGUGGAGAACAUCAUGGCAUGCGUGGAAAAAAGCCGCCGCUCUGUCUUCAUACUCUCAGCUCACUUCGUGAAGAGUGAGUGGUGCCAUUAUGAGCUCUACUUUGCCAGCCAUCAAGGCCUCUCUCUGGGCACGGACGGCAUUGUGCUGGUGCUACUCGAACCUCUGCCUCAAUACCUCAUUCCCAACAAGUACUAUCAGCUUAAGUCCAUGAUGCUUCGUCACACCUAUCUGGAAUGGCCUCAGGACAGAGCAAAGCACAGGCUGUUCUGGGCUAACCUCAGAGCUGCCCUGCAAGCUGACCUACCUAACCUUUCGGUCACAGACUAGGAGGAUUAACCAGGACUGUGUGAAAUGAGGAACUGAAUCUGAACUAAUGAGGGAACAGAAACACUUAAAGGAAAUGAGAAACAUUUGGAUUCUUUUUUUAUUUUUGCUUUGCUAACUGUUUUUUGUUGCAAAAAAAAAAAAAAAGUUGGGGAAGGCUCUCAUUUAUUCUAUUUGCAAAAACAUCUGCGUUCUUCUUUUACUGUGUGAGCAAAUGAGACUCAUUGUUGUGUUUGAAAUGUGCAGUAAGGAAACCCCCAAAAAAACAUCUGUACCCAGAUGAAGCAUUUAUUGUAAAUCUCCAAAUUACAGAUAUGUAACAAAAACAAUAAAAUGUACAAAAGUAA